AUGAGAGGGUUUCCUGAACAGGAGUGGGAUAGGGAUGACACGCCGAAAGAGAGAUCCUGGGAUACAAUAUCAGUUAGCCUUUCAAGCAGCUUACAGACUGAGGCAGAUACUGAAAAAUAUAGGGAUUUGCGAGCUCUUCUACAACUCCUUGCAAAUCUCUGUUCAAAGGAUCUGGUUGACUUCUCAUCAGAUUCCCUUGAGACCCAUGGCACAAAUAUUUCUCAGGUGGUGCACAUGGGUCUUCACAUGGUUAACCCUCUUAUAACUUUGGAGAUGCUGAAAUACCCUAAGCUUUGUCAUGAUUACUUCUCACUGCUAUCUUAUUUGCUGGAGGUCUAUCCUGAAAUGGUGUCACAACUAAGUAGUGAAUCCUUUGCUCAUGUUAUUGGAACUCUUGAUUAUGGUCUUCAUCAUCAGGACAUAGAAGUUGUUGACAUGUGUCUGAGAUCUCUGAAAGCACUUGCUUCCUACCACUACAAGGAAACGGGUGCAGGUAAAGCGGGGUUAGGUUCACAUGCUACAGUUUAUAAGGACCGUGAUGGAAACUGUCAAGAAGGCAUUCUGAACCAAUUCCUUCGUUCGUUGAUGAAAUUUCUCCUCUUUGAGGAUUACAGCACUGAUCUAGUCAGCACUGCAGCAGAAGCUCUCCUACCAUUGAUCCUUUGUGAACAGGGUCUUUACCAGAGAUUGUGCAAUGAGUUAAUAGAAAGGCAGUCAAAUCCAACAUUCAGAUUAAGGUUGACAAAUGCAUUGCAAUCUCUCACAAACUCAAACCACCUUUCUUCGACGCUUGAUCGCACAAAUUACCAGAAGUUCAGAAAGAAUCUACACAAUUUUCUUAUUGAAGUUCGUGGAUUUUUGAGGACAAUAUGA